GAGCGGCCGCGUGUUGCCACCGGGGCAGUGGUUGGCGCCAGGUGUGCGGGGGCGGCUGGCGGCACGUGGUGGGACCCGGCACGGCCAUGGCGGGCGACCUGCAGGCAAGACGCAGGAAGAUCAGAGAGAGGGUUAAAGACUCGGCGAGCGGCGACGCCAGUGACGACGAGUACGAAGAACCGUCACCAGAUGGCAACAGCUGCCUUUCUGCUCUGGUGAUUGUGGCGCUGCUGGGCGGCGUCGGUCUCCUCUUUGGCAUGAUUUCGUUACAAAGUGGCGCGCUGGAAGGGUCAGCGCCGUUGCCGCCGGGGCCGUCCGCCCGCCAGGCGCAGGUGGUCCUCGAGCACGGAGACGACUCUACCUCGCAGCCGCCGCCAGUCCCCGCGGACGGCGGCCCGGCACCGCCCGAGAGCUCGGCGUCGGCUGUCUCCUCCUCCGAGUCCGGGACAGGCUGA